AUGAAAUUCAUCUACCACAACAUACUCCGACGCGCAACUUCUACGACAAACUCCAUCAACAAGAGUCUCGCACACACAUCCUCUCGCACAGUCUCACACGCACAUCUCACCAAAGUCUUUACGCAAGAAAUCUCAACAAAACAUAGACAGAAAGUUCAUCGCACACACUCACCGACUGCCCACACGCACACCUCCACACAGCCUCUACGACACGAAUCUCACUCGCAACACUCUACACGCAGCUCGCAGAACAUCCACGUCGACACACAAAGACUCGCACCACCUCACCUCUCCACUCACACACACACCCUUUUGCGGUCAUUUACCGAAGACACUUCUACACACAUUUUACGAAGAAAUCUCAACAAAGACUCUCUACGCACGAAACUAUCAUCUCACACCCACACACACUCACGACACACAUCACAACAUCCUUGUCAAAAACUUUUUUAA